AUGACACAGCAAGAAGUACAAUGUAUAAAAUGUGGCGUGUUCAAUGUCCCAUCUAAUAAUCACUCAUGCUAUUUUUGUUGGUAUGAUUUUGAAGCAACCGAUGAUGAACAAUUAGAAAUACAACAUUCUGAAUUAUUUCGUGAAAAAUCUAUUAACCUAUGGUAUAAAAAAUUAGGUGCUGGUAAUAUUACACUUUCUAUUUGGUCACCAAUGACAUUAAUGCAUAUUUUUCAUGAUUGUUUUCGAUGUCAAUCAACAACAUCAGAAAUGACAUUAAAACUUGCAGCUGGAAUAUUUCCUGAAAGCGUGGCUUGGCUUAAACGUCUUAUGAAAGGUACUAUUCCAUCUGUAUUAAUUACAGAUGAUGGAUAUCGAGUCUAUAAAUUCGGUGCUGGAAUUGAUCGAACACCUAUUUGGUAUUAUUGCAAAGAUCGUUGGUUUUGGUCACCCGAUUGGCCUGUUAUACAAUGGAUUCAAUGUCCUCUUCUUACCGUGACAUUUGAACCAUGGAUAGGUCAAGUACCACGUGAAGAUAAUAUAUUUAUUAUACUUUUUUUACAUAAAUAUAAACCAAAUCCAUCAUAUCCUGAUCUAAAACUUGAUCUGAAUUUCCAUCGAAAUGAAUAUUGCUUUUAA